AAAGAAUGGCCCCUACAUAACCCUACAAACAAUGCUAUUGUCCUUAUUCUGUUUCUAUCACUGCCAACAUAGAGUGAAUCGCCAGAUUUAACUUCAAAACUUCAUACUUUUUAACAUAAACAUUGUUUUUCACGAAACUUGUGUAUGUCAUCUCCGCCUCAAUGACCCUUUUCUUUUCCUUAUAUUCAUUCUUUUCCUUUUCCUCUUAGCUUCCAUUUUCUUGUUAUUAUUCUUUGUUCUACUGUUCCAUUCAUUGGAAAAUUCAUUCUUUUCUCUGUUGUUAUUUGAUGGCUCCAGCACUUGAAGUUCAAGGAGGAGAAACUGUGUCUCAAAACAUUGUUUUGAAUAGUGUUAAUGAUGUUAUAAACAGAUCCAAAGUCACUGUUAUUGGUAGUGGUAAUUGGGGUAGUGUUGCAUCUAAGCUUAUUGCUUCUAACACCCUCCGGCUGAACAAUUUCCAUGAUGAAGUUAGGAUGUGGGUAUAUGAAGAGACAUUACCAAAUGGAGAGAAGCUCACAGAUGUUAUCAAUCAAACCAAUGAAAAUGUAAAAUACCUCCCUGGAAUCAAGCUUGGAAAAAAUGUUGUUGCAGAUCCAGACCUAGAAAAUGCAGUGAGGGAUGCAAAUAUGUUAGUGUUUGUGACUCCACAUCAAUUUAUGGAAGGAAUAUGCAAAAGAAUAGCUGGAAAAAUAAGGGCAGAUGCUGAGGCUAUUUCUCUUGUUAAAGGUAUGGAGGUUAAAAUGGAAGGCCCUUGUAUGAUCUCAACACUCAUUUCAGAAGAACUUGGAAUCAAUUGUUCUGUUUUGAUGGGCGCAAAUAUAGCAAAUGAGAUAGCUGUAGAGAAGUUUAGUGAAGCAACUGUUGGAUACAGGCAGAAUAGAGAAGCUGCAGAGAGAUGGGUUCAAUUGUUUUAUACUCAUUAUUUCAUUGUGACAGCGGUUCAAGAUGUUGAAGGAGUUGAAUUAUGUGGAACUCUAAAAAAUGUUGUGGCAAUAGCAGCAGGUUUUGUUGAUGGAUUGGAGAUGGGAAAUAAUACAAAAGCUGCAAUCAUGAGACUUGGUCUUAGAGAAAUGAAGGCAUUUUCAAAGUUGUUGUUUCCAUCUGUUAAGGAUAGUACCUUCUUUGAGAGUUGUGGUGUAGCUGACCUUAUCACAACAUGCUUGGGUGGAAGAAACAGGAAAGUUGCUGAGGCUUAUGCAAAGAAUGGAGGGAAGAGAUCUUUUGAUGAACUUGAAGCUGAGAUGCUACAAGGCCAAAAGUUGCAGGGUGUCUCAACUGCAAGGGAAGUAUAUGAAGUACUAAGUCAUCGUGGGUGGCUAGAGUUGUUCCCUCUCUUUUCAACAGUACAUGAGAUAAGCAGUGGCCUCCUUCCACCAUCAGCCAUAGUUGAAUACAGUGAAAAGCUACCAAGGUCAUUCUAAUUCAAGAUUCUUGGAGCAAAAGUUUGAUAUUUUCACACACAAAAAUUAUGAAUUUAACUAGUAUGCAUUAUCGAUGUAAUGGAAAAUAUAUUGUCAAUCAGUUAUAAUCAUCUGAUUAUUAACGAAUAUUUGACUUUAAUUAAAACUAUUUUAAAAAGUUA